GCCGGCGGAGGCGCUGCGGGUCGUGACGCCGCUGCUGGAGGAGGUUGCGGUUGCAGGGAACCUGGGAGCUCAGGGCUGGAGGCUAGCACAGACACUUGGAGGGCACGUCCGCAUGGCAGCACGCAGGGCGGGAUGUUGGCUGAAAAGCAGACUCUGCCAGGCAUGGCUCAAGGGGUCGUGGCAGCUCCCAGCCCCCCACCGGUUCCACGCAGGGGGCUGCAGCGGUCCCGUGGCGCCGGCGGAGACCCUGUUCACCACACGUGCGGACGAGGCGGUGCGGCUGCGCCUGGACCCCGAGGGCCCCGGCGCCUUGCCCCCCAUCACCGUGCACCAGCUGUUCCAGGCAGCGGUGGAGCACCACGGGGACCAGCCCGCCCUGGCCUACAAGCGGGGGCAGACGUGGGAGAGCCUCAGCUACCGGCAGUACCAGCAGCAGGGGCGGGGCCCCGCCAAGGGCUUCCUGAAGACAGACAUCUUGGACAUCUUCAUCGUCUGCUCCAGGAACUUCCCCAGUGCUGAAAUCAAGCUAAACAGGGCCUCUUUUUUCCCUUUCCUAAAGAGGCAUUACGUUGGCCUGUUUCCAGUCCUCAACAACCUCACUCAUCUCGCAUCGCUUCAUGAAUGUUAUUGCCAAAGGCUCCAAGAUGCCCUCUGCCGGGUCCCUCCGUACCGCCGGGUGAAAUUCAUCCGGCUCGGCUGACUUGAAUUCAUUCAAGUGCAUCAAAAGCUCCAUGACAUUCUCUCGUUAUCGUGGCCUCCAGCCUUUCCCUUCCCUAUCUGUACCCUUGUAAUUGCUGUCUGGUUGAAGCUUUGUUGCAUGGUGAAGUCUGAAGCACACAAGUCUGUAGCACAGUUGGUCUUUCUUUCCUGACCAACCCAUUUCUAAAACUCCUUCCUGUUGUCCUCACCUUCCCUCGCCAGUGUUAACCUUUGCUUUUUUACCUUUAUUUCCCCGGUUUUUGCCCCUGCAAGCUCCUGCUGUUUCCUGGUCUGCUUCUUUGGUGACUCGUCCACUCUUCCCUUGCCUGGAUGCUUUUUCCUUUUGCUUUUGAGGCAUCCUAGAAACUCCUUGGGCAGCACAUCAGUCUCCUGCCAUUCUCCUUGUGUUUUUAAUUUUAUCAGAUUAGCU